GGUGCCCGCGGGCACGAGCCGAGGCACCCUCCGCCACAUAGAGCGGAGCCCGGAGCUAAACAACCAGGAAGUGAAAGCAUACACAUGGAGGGUGUGUCCAUCGCUGCUGGCUCUGUGUGUGUUUUAUUUUUAAAAACACGGUCCUCCGCGGACAACUAAAUGGGAGACGCGGCGAGGACCAAGCGGCGGGAGCAGCUGAAGCGCUGGGCCGGCUCCUCCACCGACAGAGCGUCGGAUGUGCCCAGGCUGAGGCGGCGGGGCGAUGCCGGUGACGCAGGCGGGGAGCCCGAGGCCGAGCUCGACGACCCGCCGAAGGACCAGCCGCUGCCCGGGGGAGGAGGCGAGAGCCGACGGAAAAAGGUGAAAUUUGACAUUGCUGCUGAGUUUCUCGCGGCCUGUGCCAGUGGAGACACGGAGGAGGCCAAGGCGAUGCUGGAGGAGGCCAAACAAACCCAAAGGCAGAACGGGGAGGAGGCAGCAGAAAUUAUUAACUGCUCCAAUGCGGACGGGAUCACUGCUCUACAUCAGGCCUGCAUAGACUGCAGCAUAGAAAUCGUGACCUUCCUUUUGGAGCACAGUGCCAGUGUGAACCAGGUUGACAGUGAGGGAUGGACGCCGCUGCACGUCGCUGCCUCCUGCGGCCACGCUGACAUCACAGAGUUCCUCCUGAAGCGAGGUGCCUCUCUCACUGCUGUGAACUGUGAUGGUGAUGUUCCUGUGGACAUUGCUCUGGAUGAAACCACUGAGUCCAUUCUUCAGAGUUACACUCGGAGACAGGGCGUGGAUGUGGAGGCAGCUAAACGGUGGGAGGAGGAACAAAUCACGGCGGACGCCCGCACUUGGCUGACUGAGGGCCCUCCUGCUGACGUGCGGCACCCAAAGACUGGAGCCACCCCGCUGCAUGUGGCUGCAGCCAAAGGCUACCUCGAGGCCCUGAAGAUACUGUGUCAGUGUGGGCUGGAUGUGUCUGCUGUGGACUUUGACGGCUGGACACCUCUCCAUGCUGCAGCUCACUGGGGUCAGGGCGAGGCCUGUCGCAUCCUGGCUGAACAGCUGUGCAAUAUGGAGGCUCGCAGCAAUGGGGGUCAGACACCGUUUGAUGUUGCUGAUGAAAGUGUUUCGGGGCUCCUGGAAGAAUUAUCUGUAAAACAGGCCAAUUGGCGUAAUGAGAUGUCAGUAUUGGACAGGCAACCAGGGUCCAACGCUACGAAUGCACAAAACAAACGGCGGAGGAGCUCCGUGUGCAGGAUGAGCAGCAGAGAAAAGAUGACUUUGCAGGACCAAUCCAAGGAGAGGGGCAUUUCAGGAGGCCUGGACCUGAGCGAGGAGAAAGAGAGCAGCCCCGAAAGCUCAACCGUCUCCAGUCCAGACACAGAGAGUGUGACGACAUCUGCCGUCAGUCCUGCUGAUAAGACACCAACGGAUAAAGAGGAGGAGGAGGAGAAGGAGGAGAAGGAGCAGGACAAGGCGAACCGCACUGCCAGAGUACAACCCACACCUCAGACUAGGGACGCUGCAGCCGAGAGUCCCAGCACUCCCAACGCUGACAGGCGCAAGUUCCAGGCUCCAUCUAGGGACGAAGAGUCCGAGUCUCAGAGGAAAGCUCGCUCUAAGCUGUUGCGCCAGUCUCGUCGCUCCACACAGGGUGUGACUCUGACAGACCUCAAAGAAGCAGAGAAGUGUGUGGCCAAGUCUGCCGAUCCUUCACCUCGAUACAUCCAUCCUGUCAGCCCCAUCGUCACCGUCACACCUGCAGAAAGGGACACAGACCCGCAGGUGAAUCAGCCAGAGCCGGAGGGGGGGGAUAAGCGCGCGGGAGCAAAGGACAGGCGCAAUAAGAGGAGGGAAAGACGCUCCACGGGCAUCGUUCAGCUGGGAGAAGAAAAUGAUGAUGAUCUUCAUCCUGAUGACAAAAACAGUAACAGCACAACUUCAUUGCAUGGGAGUCAGCUAUCAGAUACAUCUACUGAUUACAGACCGUUGUACUUCAAGAUGCUGCAGGAGAAUCUGACUCUGAAGGACAAACUACAGGAGAUGGAGCUGCAGCUCAGCCAAAACAAAGUGGAGCUGGAAAGACUCCGACAGGUUCGGCAGAGUCAAGAGAACAGCACAGACCGACCGGCCCUGCUGGAGCUGGAGAAAUACGAGAAGCUGAAGCUCCAGAGGAAAGCAGUGGAACUGGAAGAUGAGCUGAAGGUUCUCGGGGACCUCCGAGCCGACAACCAGAGGCUCAAGGAUGAGAAUGCUGCUCUGAUUCGAGUCAUUAGCAAACUCUCAAGAUGAACCUGGGACAGAAAAUAUUCACCUACACGGACAUAAAGAGUAUUACAGGAUUUAUGUUUGUCUGGCUCGGACGACACAAACGAGGAGGCGAGACACACACUGCACAACAUUCAACAGUAACUGGAGUAACGUCAUUGUCAGGGUUAUUAAGCCUGUUUGGGCCUUUAUAGUUUUGGCAGAUCUACUGUAAACCAAGCUGAACUGCACCUCCUGUGGACGGACGGGAUGUUCCUGCUCACUCCCACUUUUAUUUUUUUAAUUAAGUUUUUAUUGUAUUUUUCUUAACUGGAGUAUUUUAAUGUGCUUCGCUCUGGUGAUCCUUUGUAUUAAGAGACUUAAAGCCAUGCCCAGUGAGAGCUCACCGUGACCUUUUAGGUAGCUUCCUGAUGGGGUGAAACAUUUACAGAAGAGCCAGUCAGGUGUUGUGGGGGCGGUUACUAGAAAAAGACACAAAAAUAACUUCAAUGUGCCAAAAAAAACCCAAAACAGCCCUUUUUUUUUUUUUUUUUUUUUUUUUUUGCAUGUGCUUGGUUGGAAAACCACGUGGUCAGUGUUGUUUCUCAGGACGAGUCUUGAGUCGAUGCUUUCUGUUUUUAGCUGGCUACUGUAAAACAUGGACCAAAUCCCUACGUCUCCCGGCUCCUCCGAAUGUAAAACGUGUAUAUUUAUGUACCGGCUGAUACGGCUGUCCUGAUGCGAUGAUCUGAGGGCGUAGUCGCAGCUUCUGCACAGAGGAUGGAGAGUUCUGGGUGCUAAUCAUGGACAUCAGGCACGGCUCGAGUUCAGAGAGACGUUUACAGAAAAUAUUUGUUACGCAGGUAUUUCAGGAGGCUGUGGAGAAUGCAUGCUCUAACUUUACUGUUCUUUACUUGUAGUUCUAUUUUGCCAUUUUUGACUGGAUGCUUAUAAAAGCAGCGACCUCUGAGCGAAGUACUGACCGUGCGACAGGCGGCCGCCGUUCAACAGAGAGGCCGAUGGGUCAAUGUUUGAAUGUUUACUUCAAUUUUAAAGUGAAAACCACCAACAGAAUUGCAUGAUGUUGUAUUUUGAAGCUGUGCCUUUCAAUAUACAUUUGUAAGUAAUAUUUCUAUUUUGCUUUGGCAGCGUACACUGAGUAUAAAAUACAGUAUGGGCUUAAAUGA